AUGGGCGAGAAAAUUUACAACCACGUGCAUUUAAACAGACUGGAAUUUAUGUACCAUGAAAUCAUUAUUUAUUUCUUCGUGUGUGGAAAGUCAGUAGUGGUCAGAACUAACAAGAAAAUGUUGCCUGCACCUGUCAUACUCCUUCUACAUUCCACACCGGUCUUCUGCAUCAAUAUAUUAGGAGUGUUUAUGGUUCCCUCAUUCAGUCAUCAGCGCGUUUUCCAAUCAGUAUGGAGCGAACUGUCUUUGAGAGGUAACAACGUCACUGUGGUAACACCAGAUCCUUUAAACGACCCGUCUCUUACAAACCUAACCGAAAUCAGUCUUCACUUCAGUUACGUCUUUUUAAAACAGAUUAAAAUCCAUGAGCUGAUGUCUAACGACUCAAACAUCUUUCUCAACCUGGAUGCCACUUUUCGUUUCAUGGAUUUAGUCGCAGAAGCUCAACUUAAUAGUAGUCAAUUCAAAGAAUUAAUAGAUGAUCAGACUAAACAGUUUGAUUUGAUUUUAAUUGAAUCUUUUCAUCCAGUUAUGUACGCCUUAGCGGGAAGGUUCAAGGCACCUAUCAUUGCAAUUUCCGCCCGUGGAGUUAUGGCAGUCAUUUACACCAUUUUUGGUAACCCAACACACCCGGUACUGUAUCCAGACGCCUUGUUAAACUUCCACAAUGGACGGUUAUCACUGUGGAACAAAAUUAAAAGCGUUUUGUGGAAUUUGUGGUCGUGGUACUACCACCAUGCUAUUUUGGUACCAAGGGGGCAUGAAACUGCAAUGAAGUAUUUUGGGGUGGAUAUGCCAUACAUAGGGGAUAUCGAGGCAAAUCAAAGUCUGUUUUUUCUUAACACAAACCCUUUGGUGUACCCGCCGAGACCUAUUGUACCCGUCGUGGUCGAAACCGGACAGAUACACAUUAAACCGGUGAAACCGCUUCCUGAGGAUUUGCAACAAAUUCUAGACGGUGCUACCGAAGGUGUGAUCUACUUUAGCUUAGGGUCGAAUGUUAAAAGCGUAAAUUUAGAGAACAAAGUAAAGAACACCAUAAGACAAGCUUUGUCUGAGGUACCUUACAAAGUUCUGUGGAAAUGGGAGUCCGACUAUUUACCUGGAAGGCCAAAGAACGUGGUCACAAGAAAGUGGUUUCCACAACAGGAUGUCCUGGCACAUCGAAAUAUUCGUGCUUUCGUUACACAAGGUGGUCUUCAAUCCAUUGAAGAAGCAAUCUUUACAGGGGUACCAUUAAUUGGGAUGCCUUUCAUGCGUGAUCAACCAAUGAAUGUACAAAAACUCAUCGACAUGGGGAUCGGAUUAGGUGUUGAUCCUGUUAUUAUGAGCAAGGAAGAGCUAAAAAAGCGUAUAAUUGAGGUUGCCGAAAACAACAAAUACCGUGAAAGAAUUCAGCAAAUUCGUGACAUUUUGUACGACAAGCCAAUGACUGGACUGGAAAAGGUCGUUUGGUGGACGGAAUAUGUUGUUAGACAUAAGGGGGCGAAACACCUGAGAAGUCCCACAGUUGAUUUUUCUUGGUACGACUAUUUAUUAGUGGAAGUUGUCUUAACAGCAGUUGUAAUGAUUAGUACUAUUGUUUAUUUCUCGUACAAAGUAAUCCAACUCUUGUUGUAA